UUUACCGCCACUUCCAAAGUUGGUUUGCAGCUAGCGUUCAGCUGGAAUGUAGAAAACAUUGUGCUUGUUUACCAGAGUAAAGGGAAAGGAUGCCUCGUCCCAAAGAGGGUGCUCGUCCUAUUCUGGCUGAAGUUGGAGACAAGGUUUUUCUUCGGAUCAAAGAGUAUGAGGAUGCCACGAUCCAGAAGCGAGGUCAGAUAGUGAGUGACACCAGAAGGUACUUCUGUCAACUGAUCGAUGUACUGAUCACAGACCUUAACUCAGUUUCUCAGGAGCUCAGUAAGACGUCUGGUGGCAUGCCGCAAUGUCAGAUGCUUCUGCAGUUCAUCAGACAUGGAGUGGACAACUUCCCCUGGCUGUUUGUACAGGAGAGGGUGUCCUCAGAUGACCCCACCCCAGACAUGUCUCAGACCAGGGCAGACCUGACACAAUCACAGGAUUCAUACUCAUACAGUGUUUCUAAAGGCUUCACCUGCUGGGUGAUGUGUCACCUGCUGCGUCUGCUGGCAGAGCCGAAGUGUGAGCCCCUCCACACCAUCUCCCUGGACAUCCUGACAUCGCUCAUGCAGCUCAUCCGCAUCAAGGACAUCUUCAUGUACCAGGAGUUGGCCACCGAGUUUGUUGCUCUUAUCGGGAGCUUGAUAAGCGUAAGCGAGACCGUCUUCAGAUUUGGGGAGAUCACUACAACAGACCAACCCGUCCGCCUGGGGUAUUUCAUCCAGGAGGAGGAGACGAGUACACCUGGGAGUCAGACCAUGAAGGAUGAACCUGUCAGCAUCAGGCAUUUUGCAAAUCUGUACCUGUUGCAGAUUGCACUGAGCCGCCUGAUUGGGCACCUGAUACCAGAGUUGUGCCAGUUCCUAGCCCACCACGUGCCCCUGCUGUGGGCAGGACUGUGCUGUCAGCUGGAGGUGGGAGGACCUUCCCUCAAAAAGGAGUCCCUGACAGUGCUGACUAGCCUGAUGACCCAUGUUGGUCUGCCCUCUGCCGGUAUGCUGGAUUACCUGAUAGGGUGUGUUCUCUCCCUGCUCAAGCUACUGGCAACAAGGGGAGCAGUUUCUGAAGGGGAUGUUGCAGGCUUGGAGAGAAGACUUGCAGGGUGCCUAACUGCAGUGUACCAGGUAGAUGAACAGACCAACCAGCCUGUCCACUGUAUCCCUCCACAUCAUGUCUGUGCCACACUGGAAGUGCUGUCUGGGUUGCUACCUGGGAAUGGGUUGGAAAAUCUACAAACUAAGGAGUUGCGGUACUGUGUGUGUAGCUUACUGUGCUACAUCUACAGACAUGUGCCUGAGGGUUAUGAGGGGUGUGUGAGUCUGAGGCAACACCACCUGCAGCAGGCUGUCCUGGGGCUGCUGCAGCACCUGGGGACAGCUGCACACCUGGGAACAGCUGCAGGGGCUCAGCAGUAUCUGGUGUCAUGCCUCUUUGAGGCCAUUCGUGAGAAGAUGCCUCCUGGCAAAAGUGAAGAUCCUGCACUUCAGCAGUCUCCUGCUAGAGGGCUGGGUUUAUCCGACCAGGAAGGUAUCAGCAGCGGGGAUGAAAAGGUGGAAAGGAGGGGCAAGCUGUCUCGCAGGAGAAGUCUGCUGUCAACUCAGAGUCAGAGGGCAACAAGCAGCAAGGAGCAAAAGUACACUGGUGAUUCACAGCCAACAGAGAAGCCAGAGGUCCACCAACUAUUGGAUAAGAAGUUGCAAGAGCUAUGCCUUCAGUUGCAAGAAGGACCUACCAAGGAGACCAUGUUAGGCCUGUUGGAGGGUAUCAGGGUUGCUGUUGAAGUUUCAGUGAGGUGUGCAGCAAGUCGAGGUAUUGUCAGGGAAUGGCUGCCUGCCAACUACCUUCAGAACUUGUGCAGCGUGUGGUUCACCACAUUAAAACAGGCACCAACACUGUUGUCAAAGGAAGACCUCAAGGACUGUUACCUUCUCGUGGUUCAGUCGAUAGGGGCAGUGCUGUCUGUAUCAGAUUUGUCUGCAUUUGGAGGGGAGAAUCUACAGUUCAUGACUUUGGUGCUGUCUUUUCCAUGGCUGCUGGAGGAUCAGAACUGGUUGGAUCUCAGACCUACUGGUUACUGUUCUACAAAAGAAGCAGCUGAACUGUGUGGACAAUUUGCUGAUACUAUAGGUGAUGAAGUUAAGUCUCUCUGUGUUCAGCUCUUGGCUCUUGUUCCAAGAGAGGUAGCUCCCAAGUGGAGAAUUCACAUCAUGAAGGCUGCACUGAAUGACAGCAGUGUCCAAGUACGGAUCAGUCUGGUGAAAUCCUUCCCCAUACUCCUGCACACCCUGGGCCACAACUCCCACCAUCUGGUGUAUGAUAUACUACACCCCCUGAUCAGAGACAAGGUACCAGAGGUACUCCAAGCCAUCUCCUCUGCACUGGGGCAACUAUCCUGUGUGGUAGCAAGGUCUACUCACUUAUCAAGGAACAACUCCAGUGAUGAUCAUCUGUACACUGUUACAAGGUUGAGCUGCUCUCUCUGCCAAAAGAAAGAUGUAACUGGACAUCCAGCCAGUGGACAUCCUGUGGACCCGUCAAUGUUCCUGCCUUUCACCCAACUCUUACAGAACAAGGAUGAAGCCGUCAGGACUGGAAUGGUCCAGUCCAUCCCAGAGUUGUUCUACCACAUCCGAGUGUCAGCAGACGUCCCUGCCUCCAUGUCCCUGCUGCAGAACUUCCUCUCUCCAGUGGAGGACAUGUCUUAUGAUGUCAGAAUGGCAUUCAGUAAACAGGUUGGUCACCUGGCCCGAGGAUGGCUGACUGAUGCGUCCAGCCCCCUGGUGGCCAAGCUGAAGUCUGCAUACCUACGAGCAUACAGCAGUACCAACUGUGUUCCUCUUCAGGAGACAGUGGUCCUGACUAUUGGGCAGCUGGGCAGGAUAGCUGAGGGUGACCUGUUUGGAGUAGUGCUGAUAAACCUGUUGAUCAGUCUGGUGUCCCUGUCCCCUGUGCUGGCAGCACUGGCCUACAGUCAGAUUCAUGACAUUGCGAAGGUCAGGAAGACAGACCUCACUUCCCUUCUCACCAAACAGAGGCCCAUUAUUUGUAAGUGGUUGUCAGAAGUUCUCCAUGACUCCCAGAGUUCUGACGGCAGUUCUACAUGUAGGCUGAAAAGUCCUGCUGGUAUUUUGAGUGAGGUGGCCAGUGUCUUCAGUUGUGAAGAUGUGAGGAAAUUUUUGUCUAUGUGUCUCCAGCCUCUCCUGCCACAGCUGGUUCACAAGGCCUGUCCUGAAACCUCUGUCAUCAUCAGACUUAUUGCCAAGGAACUGGAAAUGAACCGACGAGACCUGCUGAUCAACAACUUUAAGUACAUCUUCCGCUACCUGGCCUGUAACUGUAAGACUGAGGAGAAGGAGAGGGCACUCGAGUUUGUACAGAAUGAGACUCAGAUAGAGCUGAGAAGCCUCCUGAGGCAGGACUACCAGGGGCUUCACAACGAGCUGCUCCUCUACAUCAGCUCCCACUACAGCCAGGUCUUCGCUGGGCUGGCAGCUGUGGCCGCUUCUACCCGCGAAGGCAAGGGCAAGGGCAAGGUCCCCAGGGAGAUCACUACAGCACAGGAGAUGGCUGAGUUUCUACAGCCAUGUUUGUUGGGUAUUCUGGCUUUCUUUGACUCUCAGCUGCUCACCACCUCAAUACCUAUGGAGGACAAGAAGUUGGCACUGGAGAGUCUGAUCACAUUGAUGAAACUGAUGGGACCAAAACACAUCACAACUGUGAGAGUCAAAGUCAUGACUACACUAAGGAUUUGUCUCAGAUUUAAAGUAAAGGGUUUUCCUGAGCUGAGCUGCAGGGCCUGGGACUGCUUUGUGCACAGUGUGGAGUUGUCAUCUCUGGGCCCCAUGUUGAGUCAGAUCGUGGUGACCCUCCUGCCACUGCUGCAGACUCAGGCUCGGUCUGUGGCAGGCAUCUUCAACUUCCUCAUACAAGACAAUAGGGAAGCCCUACAGGACCACUUCCAUGAACUGUACUUCAUGCCAGAUCUGCCAGAACUUUCCAAGAUCAACACUGUCCUCAAACAACAUAUAGAAACACCAUCCAGCCAAUCAGACCUGAAGAGUCAGCUGAAGCACUCCCUGAAGGGUCUGGGCCAUGAGAGCCUGGAUGUGAGGCUACAUGCCCUGUCUAAACUCAAGCAACAGCUGCACGCUAACCAGACUGCAUUGCAUGAGAUGGUAGAGGGAAGUGAGACUGCUGAUCCUAUCAUCUCACACCUAGUGUCAGUGCUGCUGUCGUCCUGUCGUGAGUCUGACAAGAAAGCGAGAAGUCUUGUAGGGGAGUGUUUGGGAGAACUAGGUGCUAUAGAUCCAGGAAGAUUGGAUCUGAAGGCACAUGGGCAGAAGGAAGAACUAUCAAACUUCCAGGCUGGUGUUGAAGACAUCUACUUUGCCCAUGACCUGAUCAUGGAGUUGGCUCGAGCCUUCCUGGCCGCUACUGACACCAGGUCACAGGACUGCUCUGCAUUCUCCAUACAAGAGAUUCUCCAGACAUACGAGUGUCGGGAGGGACCAAAAGAUACCACAGGGCGGAGGCUAUGGAGGGGGUUUCCAGAACACAUACAGGAGAUUCUUUUACCUCAUUUACACUCCAAGUACAUCAUGUCCUCUACUGCCACCUGGGCCAACAUAAAGAAACCCAUCUACCGUAGUAACAAAGGGAGCACCUUCCAAGACUGGGUCUACAACUGGACAGGCUACCUCAUCACUAAGGUAAGGCAGGACAUGCCCUCCCGUGUGUUCAGUGCCUGUAGCACUGUUGCCAAAUACAAUGAGACUACAGCACUGUUCCUGCUGCCCCAUGUGUUACUGCAUGCACUGUUGGAUGGCAGCACUGAGGAGAAGCAGGAGGCAUGUAAUGAAAUCUUGGCAGUUCUGAAGUAUGCGGAAAAGAUGGAGGAGAAGGGAGCCCAGGACUUCUCCCACAUGGCCGCGCAGACGGUGUUCUCAGUCCUGGACCAUCUCACACACUGGUGUCGCCACAGACAUCUCACCCUGUCAGUACAGAGGGACGAUGGGAAAAAGAGCAAGGCCUCAGAUAGAGCUCUCCUGCGAGACGACUCUCCGUACAGCUGUGUGCAGGGUUUCCUGGACCUGAUCCCGCAGGACGUGCUGGCUCUGGCAUCCUUCCACUGCAGGGCCUACACUCGCGCACUCAUGCACUUUGAGUCCUACCUAUCUGCCAGUAAACCAGACAUAGAACCACAGUUGUGUUUGUUACAGAAGCUGUAUGUGGCCAUGGAUGAACCAGAUGGGGUAGCCGGGGUGAUGGCCAUACGUAAGAGUGAGCCUGACAUAAAGGAACAGAUCCUUCAGCAUGAGAGCAUAGGUGAACUGCGUGAUGCGUCUGCCUGCUACGAGCGAGCGUUACAGACAGAGGCCAGUACCGUGCCUCAUCACCAGGGCCUGCUGCGCUGUCUGCUGGGACUGGGACAACUCACCACCGCCAUGGUGCACGUCAACGGGGUGCUCGCAGAUAAGCCAGAGUGGACUAAAGACCUGAAUGCCUUCAGAGUAGAGGCUCUUGGCAGCUGGGCAACUGGGAUAGGACUGGAAGACUAUCUUAAAGUCUACAAUGGAAAGUCUGAGAACAAGGGUUCCAGUAACUGGAGUGUUGGACUAGGGAAAAUUCUUCUUGCUGCAAAACAAAGGGAUGAAGAAGACUUCUGGCACCAGCUCCAGAUUGUGCGGAAUGAACAGAUGGGACCUCUGUCUGCCGCCAGCAUGGAGAGUGGGUCGUACCAACGGGGCUACGACUACAUCGUCAGACUGCACAUGUUGUGUGAGCUGCAGCAUGGUGUGCAGGGACUGCUGAAGCAGGGAGACGGGGGUGAACAGGAGGAGGGGAGUCUGGACCUGGAGGCACGGGCUCGCAUCACACAGUCAUCCUUCCGCACCAGGGAACCACUCUACAGUCUCAGGAGGUGUAUCAUCAACAUGGCAGGCUGUCCUGAUACUGUAGGUAAAGAGUUGGGACACUGCUGGCUCCAGAGUGCUAAGAUCGCCCGGAAGGCAGGCCAUCUCCAGACUGCCUACAGCUCCCUGCUGAAUGCCAGUACCUACAGCCUGCCUGAACUCUGUGUGGAGAGGGCGAAAUGGUUGUGGCAUCAGAAUGACCAGCACCAGGCCCUAAUCACCCUCCAAAAGGGUGUGGCUGAACAUUUCUCUGACACUGCCUACCUGAACUGUGGCAGUCCUGAGGCAGCCAAUGCUAAAAAACACACACAUGCCAAGGCCCUGCUUAUAGUUGGUAGGCUGAUGGAGGAUACAGCUAUGUAUGAUAGCAACCAAGUCAUGAAGCAGUACAAGAGUGUUGUGGAGGUUUACCCCGAGUGGGAGGAUGGACACUUCUACUUAGCCAAGUACUAUGACCGCAUCAUGACCACUAUGCGUGAGACACCACUCAAGGCAGGAGACAUUAUCCUGUACGUGGUGACGUACUUCGGACGUUCCCUGCAGUACGGUAACCAGCACAUCUACCAGGCCAUGCCCAGGCUCCUGGCACUGUGGCUCGACUACGGAGCUAAAGUGUCAGAUUACGAGAAAGCUGGAAGAGCAGAGAGAACAAACAUGAGGGUUAUGCUCCCUAAGCUUAAUGAGAUUGUAGGGAAUUACACCAGGAAGUUAGCCCCGUACCAGUUCCUGACAUCCUUCUCACAACUCAUCUCACGCAUCUGUCACUCUCACCCGGAGGUCUUCAACAGACUGGAGGAUAUCAUUGCCACACUGUUGGUGACUUUCCCACAACAGUGUAUGUGGUUGAUGAUGGCUGUGUCCAAGUCAACAUCUCUGAUUCGGAAGAAGCGCUGCCAAGACAUCUUCAAGAAAGCCAAGUCUAUGCACAGUGACCUCAACCAGUUUAUACAGGAUGCGACCAGGCUGGCUGACAAGCUCCUGGAGUUGUGCAACAAGCCGGUAGACCCAGGAGUGCAACACUUCAGCCUCAGUCUGCACUUCAAGUCACUCAAGAGACUUCUGGAAGACAGGAAGUUCAGUCCGAUCCUGAUGCCGCUCCAGUCAGCCCUAACCGUCACCCUCCCCAGUGGGCCAGGUUCCCAUGCCAACCAUGACCCCUUCCCAGCUGCACUGGUCUACAUCGCUGGGUUUGAGGACACUGUAGAGCUCUUGCCAUCCUUGCAACGCCCCAAGAAGUUCUCAUUUCGUGGUACUGAUGGUCAUUCCUACAUCAUGAUGUGUAAACCCAAGGAUGACCUGCGGAAGGACUGUCGUCUGAUGGAGUUCAAUGCCAUUGUCAACAAGUGUCUGAGGAAAGACCCUGAGUCCCGCCGAAGGCAGCUGUACAUCAGGACCUAUUCAGUGGUUCCCCUGAAUGAAGAAUGUGGACUGAUAGAAUGGGUCAACAACACUCACCCUCUACGUCAGGUGCUCAUCAAGAUCUACAAGGAGAAGGGCAUGUACACCAGGGCCAGUGAGUUCAAGCCCUUCCUUUCAAAGGAGAUGAAAUUAGAUGAGAGACUCAACAUGUUCCAGACCACCAUCUUGCCCAAACACCCUCCUGUGUUCAGGGAGUGGUUCCUUAAAGUGUUUCCUGAUCCAACCUCAUGGUACCAGGCCCGUCUGAACUACUGCCGUACCACAGCAGUGAUGUCCAUGGUGGGGUACAUCCUGGGUCUGGGGGAUCGGCAUGGAGAGAACAUCCUGUUUGACUCCACCAACGGAGACUGUGUACAUGUGGACUUCAACUGUCUCUUCAACAAGGGAGAGACGUUUGAUUGGCCAGAGCUGGUGCCUUUCCGCCUCACACACAACAUGGUCAACGCAAUGGGUCCCUUGGGAUACGAGGGGAUCUUCCGACGGGCUUGCGAGACAACCAUGAAAGUCAUGAGAGAACAAAAGGACCCUCUCAUGUGUGUGUUAAGGUCCUUUAUCUUCGACCCUUUGGUGGAGUGGUCCCGUGUGAACAAAAGCACCAGGUCUGUGGUUCCCGAGUCAGGAGAGAUCAGCAAUGAAAAGGCGAUGACACAUGUGAGAGACAUAGACCAGCGGCUUCAGGGGGUGUUCAAGAAGAUGCGAGGACUUCCACUGUCUAUUGAAGGACAUGUUCACCACCUCAUACAGGAGGCCACAUCGGAUCUACUGCUGUGCCAGAUGUACAUUGGGUGGGCUUCUUUCCUGUGAUCGGGAUCGUCUGCUUUGGUCUAACACAUCAACAGUACUCCAGGCUUGCACAAGAUCAAAGCAAGAAAACAUCAGACUCAAUUACUAAACUCCUCAGUGUUAAACCAAAAGUUCCUUGACACCAUUUCAGAAACAUGGGAGUACUUUAUGGACGAUCUGUUUGGAACUUCUGUUGGCAUAUUAAAUGGCACUGUUGACAACAGUUGAACCUUCUUCAGUGGACUCA